UCAGCUAAUCCAGUCCUUUAAUGUUUGAUUUGCAGAAUUCAUGUAAAUAUUGAAUCCAGCUAAUCCAAGCCCUCUUUACCUCAUAAUGCCUGGUUAAAAGCCUCUAAGUUCCUGAACUCCAGUCUCCGAACCCCUUCCUUUUUUGCUUUGCAAAGCUCUGUCCAUUGAAUCCAGUGGAAACUGCUGAUCAAUCGCUCAAUUUGUUGACAUAAGCUUUUAGGAAGCUGGAAACACCCCAUUAUAUAAGAUGGAAUCCUUUGAGAGGCUUUAAAAUUUAUGAUAAAGAGAUCAACAUACAUGCUAUCUUAAAAUCCUAUAUUUAUUAAACAUAUAACUUAACUAAUUUUUUGUUAAAAGUAUUUUUUAUCUUGUUAAAAAAAUUAUAAGGCCUUUUGACAUAUUUCAGGUUAGAUCAAAUCUAAUAACAUGCUAAACUUAUUAGUACUUAAAAGUUAAAAUAAGUCUAUAACAAACUACACAUUAGAUUCAGUCUAAUUAAUUACCUUAUAUCUAUCUUAUAAAGCCUGACCCGUUAAGUGAAAAGUCUAGUUUGGCCUAAUUGAACCUAUUUUAACCCCUAAAAAUUAGUAGAGGAAAAAAGAAAAGAUAUAAUAUCUCUAAAAAUGGAUGUUAUCAUGUUAUCGGUAAAAUUUUAAGCUGCAUUUUAUUAUCUACUGAGUGUUAUUCGUUAUAUUUUUUUAUAUAAAUAUUAUGAGAAAUUCCAGGUGUUCAAAAACAAGUCUAGCUUUCUUUUAAAAUAAGUUUCGCUUUCUUUUCUUUUCUCAUCGUAAGUAGUCACUUAUUACUUGUUUCACAUAUUUUCUUGAACUUGAUAAUGGAGGAAAAGGUACCCAAUAAUAAGCUCAUUAUACGUUUGAAACCUUCAAAGCCUAAAGAAGUGAGUAAAGCAUGCUACCUAAGAAUUUCUCUCUUAACAAUAUUAUGUUUUCACAUUAUGUUUAUUCUUAUUAUCUUCUUGUUUUCUUUUCCCUCCCUAAUGCGGGAUACUCCACCCAAACUUUUGCAGCCACAUGGAUCUCCAACAAAGGAAGAGUUAAGAAAAGAAAGAAGAAGAGAGGCCAACAGAAAAUGUGCUCAGAGGAAGAGAAAGAGAGAACAGGAAGCAUUCCAAGAGCUCGAAGGAUCCGUGGCAAAGCUUAGAACUGAAGUCCAAUUAUUCCAUGAAGAACUUACUAGACUUCACAAGGAAAAUAAGGAACUCGACGAGGAAAAUAACUCCAUUCAAGAAGAAAUUUCCAAGAUGCAUGGGAUGGAAUUAUCAGCAAAAUUUGUGAUCAGUUAUGCGGUUGAUGAAGUUUAGAAAUUAGAAGCUAUAGUUAUAAAUUUAGAAAUGGCUUAGUUUCGGAGAAUUUCUUGUAAAUGUAGGUAAUUAUAUUUUGUUGAAUAAGCCUUUGUUUAAUUAGUGUAGUAAUAUUAAGUUGUGUUGGACU